CGUAGGCUGCGCGCGCUAGGUGGGAGGGGCGCGGCACCGGGUUUGGAGCUGCCGUCGUCUAGGUCCGCCCGCCCGCCCUCCCGCCCGCCUGUCCCUCCUGCAGGCCCCCUGCUGGGCAGGGCCGGCCCGGCCCGGCCAUGGAGUCCUACGACAUAAUCGCCAACCAGCCCGUGGUCAUCGAUAACGGUUCAGGGGUGAUCAAGGCUGGCUUUGCAGGAGACCAGAUUCCCAAAUACUGUUUCCCAAACUAUGUUGGGCGCCCUAAGCACAUGCGAGUGAUGGCUGGAGCCCUGGAGGGGGACCUCUUCAUUGGACCAAAAGCAGAGGAGCACCGGGGGCUGCUGGCCAUCCGCUACCCCAUGGAGCACGGCGUGGUGCGAGACUGGAACGACAUGGAGCGCAUCUGGCAGUACGUCUACUCCAAGGAUCAGCUGCAGACUUUCUCUGAGGAGCAUCCUGUUCUCCUAACGGAGGCUCCACUGAACCCGAGUAAGAACCGGGAGAAGGCAGCAGAGGUGUUCUUUGAGACCUUCAACGUGCCAGCCCUGUUUAUCUCCAUGCAGGCUGUGCUCAGCCUGUAUGCAACAGGACGCACGACGGGAGUGGUUUUAGACUCAGGGGACGGGGUCACUCAUGCUGUCCCCAUCUACGAGGGCUUUGCCAUGCCGCACUCCAUCAUGCGGGUGGACAUUGCUGGUCGUGAUGUCUCCCGCUAUCUCCGGCUACUGCUGCGCAAGGAAGGAGUUGACUUUCACACCUCAGCUGAGUUUGAGGUUGUCCGGACCAUCAAAGAGCGAGCCUGUUACCUCUCCAUCAACCCUCAGAAGGAUGAGGCUCUGGAGACAGAGAAGGUGCAAUACACCUUGCCAGAUGGCAGCAUGCUCGAUGUGGGGCCAGCGCGGUUCCGGGCCCCUGAGCUGCUGUUCCAGCCAGACCUGGUAGGUGAUGAGAGUGAGGGGCUCCAUGAGGUGCUAGCCUUUGCCAUUCACAAGUCUGACAUGGACCUUCGCCGGACACUGUUCGCCAACAUCGUGCUUUCGGGUGGCUCCACACUUUUCAAAGGCUUCGGUGACCGAUUGCUAAGUGAAGUGAAGAAGCUUGCCCCAAAGGAUGUCAAAAUCAAGAUCUCGGCCCCUCAGGAACGGCUGUACUCCACAUGGAUCGGUGGCUCUAUCUUGGCCUCGCUGGACACUUUUAAGAAGAUGUGGGUGUCCAAAAAGGAGUAUGAAGAGGAUGGCUCCCGUGCUAUUCAUCGUAAAACCUUCUAGUGCCCAAGGAGGUGUAGCAUGUUGGGAGAGUAGGAGGAAAGGCGAGUCAGAGCCCUUAACCCUUUCUGGUCUGGGCUCACAUCCUAGGCCUAGGGUCCCCUGCAUGCCCUGAACCCUGGGCAGGUGGGGCAGCUGCGCUUCCCUGCAGCCCUCCCCCUGCAGCCCUCCCCUGCACACACACACACACACGCACACACGCACGCACUCACACAUACAUGGUAACAUUUAGCUGCAUGGAUGGGAGUCAGGAGCUGGAAUGAAUAUUAAAGUUGAGAAGCCCAGCUUUGGAUUGUUCCAAGGGUCCCCCUUGGCAGGGCCUUGCUCUGACCCUCAGGCUGUAUCCCUGAGCUCCAAGGCCAGAUACCCAACACCCCAUUUCCUUUGACAGGAUCCCUCCCUGAGCCAGAGUGCCUGGAUGCCUGUGUACCUAGCCUUGGGGAGUGGGGUGGGGGAGGAGUGGCCAGCAGCUCCCGGCUGGUGCAUCCCUGCUUCUCAUGCCACAUUUAGGCAUCCCUUAUCCUAUCACAUUCAGUCCUCCUGUCUUCCUGGGUGGAUGCCUUGGUGUAGGCUGAGGACUGGGCUGUCUUCCAUCCAUCCCCAGCCAAGGGGUCUGGCCCAGGAUCAGACCCUUCGGAGCCAGGGCAGAGGAUCAUGGGGUUCGGGCGGCCACAGUUUAUUGGUGGUCUCCCUUCAAAGCACUUCAUUGACACUUCAUUGACCCUCUCCUUUACCUUAGUACCUGGAUGGGAAAGGGUUAAUGGUCUUCAUUUGUUGAGAGGAAGCCACUUAAUCAGGAGUCAGACCUAGAGGGAGUGAGGGGGGCACAUUUCCUUUUCCCAUCUCUUCCACGAAAGAGGUUUUCAUUGACCCUGUGGCCAGGACCCCCACCUCCCUCUCCCAGAUAUGUAUAAUAAUUUAACACAGUUGCCUGAAAAUUUUUUUGUAAAUCAUUAUAGUAAUAAUUAUGGAAAGGCCUAG